AUGCAUUCUUUGAACUUUGCCGGGAUACUUGAAGGCAAUCCAUCGAGAGGUGUUCCUGAAGAGGCGGGGCCUUUCAGUUCCAGAAGGCACCUAUCGAGUCAGGCACACGCGCCGCCCAACCCAGGAGACACGGAAAAACCGAGUCGUACGGCGGACCCGCCCUGUGAACUUGAGUUGCGGGCGCGGACGCCUCUGAGCAGACUUUCGUCUCCGAAGCUCUUGCCCAAGAGUUUUGCCGGGGGCCUCACCAACUCUUCGCCAGGCGGUCUUCGUCCUCGCGUUGGUGCGUCCGAAACGACUGCGCGCGGGGGAACUCGCCUGAAGGCGACGACGGGUUUUGCGGAGGAUGGCCAGAGUGUACAGGUUGCAUCCGCACAUACACAGACGCCUCUUCUUCGCGCAGGAGAAAGUUCGUCGAGUGGGCUCACAUUUGAAGAUGCUCUUAGCGCAGGGACAGCACAGCUGUUUCACCACAGGCAAAACGCCAUUGCCGCGUACAUUCGCCAAAACUACGGUUCGCAGGCCACGGCUUUUGCGUCGAUUCGAGGGUCUGCGAAGUCUCUGCCCGUGGAAGAGAGCGUCCCAGAGUCCAAAGGCGACGGGCGUCACGCUGUAGAGACAGCAGGAGCGAACACGCUGCAGUUCGGUGCCUUAUUCGCCGAAGUGGCGUCGGACCGUCACCAGAUGGCCUUGUUGGGGGCGCGACCGCAGGCGCAGGGGGGAAUCGUCUUCUCGCAGCAGGGUGCGCCGGGCGCUGUGGACCCUACCGGAAUGGCCACGCCCGACCUCGACCGUCUGUACACUCAGUACUUGAAGUCCUCUCAAGAUGUGGCGCGCGCAGAAUUCGGACUGCGCUCCCUUGUCGAGAGCUUCGCGUCCCCUACUCCGCGCGGAUCGGCGAAAACGACUCAGAGUUCACCCGCACCGAUGUGUUUGCCGUUUCCUCACGGCUUCUUCUUCAGUCCGCGUCAGGGCACAGCGGGAAUCGCGCCGCCCACCUCCCAGGGGGUGCCUGGCCUCACUCUGAAGAGUCCGCCGCAGCCGUCGCAGCCUGGUCGCCGGGUCCUUCAGACGGCGGCUGUCGCCCAGCUUGCAAAGACAGGGGUUUACCGCGAUCUUCAGGUCUCGCAGCUGAAGGUUGGAAAUCUCCCGGUCGCGGCCUCACCCCGCCAGCAGCCCACGCUGUCGGCUUCGUCGGAUCAGAAUGCGCCGCGGCCAGGAAGUCAGACUGCUCGCGUAGCGCGGAGUCCAGCCGUCAGAUAUCCGUGGGCCUUUUUCGCAGCGAACCAGGGGGACCGGGCUCCGACCGCUUCCAGCGAUCCGCCGCGUCGGCUCGCAACGGACUCGGCAGACGGGAAAGCUCCUGCUUUGCAUGCGCACGCGGCAACUUGUGAGGAAAACGACAACGCCCCACUGUCUCACUGCGCUUCUUCCAACCGCAGCACAGCGGGCGCCCCGCCAGACGCCCGAGGCGUCUCCGCAGCUUCGUCCGGAAGUACGAUGACAGCAAGCACGAGGCUCUCCUCUCAUUCCUCGUGUGCGAAAUCGUACAUCAAAGCGAAUACUGGGUUUUCCUCUGCUCGGGUUGCGGCGUCAAAGUCGACAACUCCGGCGCCGUCCACUCGCCUCACCACCGCGGCUCGGCCCGCCGUCUCCCGCCCAGCUGUCGUGGCCGAAAAGAAAAACGUGGUGGCGAUCGGCGUGAAAGACGCCUCGACGGAAGACUCCGUCUCUAUGAAUGUGCUCCGUGUCUCUCUGUGCGGGAAGAAAACGACACUCUCGCAUCGAGGGCACCUGAUGGCGAGUCGCGUGGGCGGCGUCCUGCGGCCUCUCAAUUCGCGCGACACCGGCGUGCGGUUAGUGGAGUACAAAGAUCAUCGGGAACUCGUUUUCCAGUUGCCUUCCAAAGAACUCAUCCCGUUCAAGGACAUACAGAUUGUCGCUCCAAUCAGUCAAGGGAGUUUCGGGACUGUGUCCCAAGCCAAGUGGCAAGGCACGACUGUGGCGGUGAAACAAGCCCAUGGCGUCUUGACUCAGGAAGCCCUGAGGUCCAUAGCGCGAGAAAUGAACUCGUUCCGUUCGAUGGGUACCCACCCGUACAUUGUCCGAUAUAUAGGCAUGUGCCUGGACCCGAAGUGCGUCGGCAUUGUCAUGGAAUAUCUCCCCGGAGGAAGCCUGUUUGAUCUCCUGUAUGAGAACAAGGUGCUCAUCGCAGCGGAAAGACGCCUGAUGCUCGGCCGGCAGCUCAGUCAAGCUGUCCACUACCUCCAUCGCGAAAAAAGACUUGUUCACAGGGACUUAAAAACAGCGAAUCUCAUUGUCGAUGGAACGAGCGGACUAAAAUUGUGCGAUUUCGGCAAGACCCGCAGUCUAGAAGCGAGCGGCAAACUCCUACUGGAUGACAACGGAGGCUCGCCGAGAUACAUGGCGCCGGAAUGCUUCGCCGUGGGAACGUUGAUCGAUGAGAAGGCGGAUAUUUGGGGUCUUGCGUGUUGUCUCAUCGAAAUCCUUGGCGGUCCUAUCCCAUUCGAAGACAUCCAUUCCAAUGAUGGUGUGAUUGACGCAAUCAUGUGUAAGAGGAUGAGGCCCGUCGUCCCCACUUGGUUCCACCCUGCAGCAAGGAGACUAUUGGAACGCUGUUUCUCGUGGUCCGCCCGUGACCGGCCCUCGGCUUUGGAGAUCGCAAGGACUCUCGAGCUCUUCUGUGCAGAUGACUUGAACGCGUAUGGAAUGAACACGCGAAGAGUGAAGUAG